AAUUAACCUACCUAGCUAUAUAUCAUAUCUCCUCCCUCCUUCAUUAUUUAUUUAUUUCAUCACUUCCUUCCUUCCUUCCUGCCUGCUUGGUCCAUCCAAUCGUCGAUGGAUCGAUCCGCCGGCAUCAUGCAUAACGUAAUGGGGCGCGUGAUCAGGAGGAUCGAUCCAUCGAGAACAAGACGACGAGCCGGCACAGGUGACCUUCGUCCGUCUCGAAGCGCCCGAACGGCCGGCUGGUCAAGAAGGCGUACGAGCUGGUGGAAGACAUGAUCCUCCGGUACAUGGACCUCUCGGUCUUGAUAGGAAUCGUCGAAGCGCUGCACGACACGGCGGGUGAACUAAACCAGGCCUAGACGAUCCUUCUUGUUGUUUCUCCUCACUACCAACUGACAAUCCGAAUGGCACCUGAAGAAUUCGAAUGCAGUGCAGGAGCCAGGAGAGACGACACACGGCACAGACGCACAGUGCAGGAAGGGAAGAUCCAUGUAAAGCCGCAUAUUGCGGCUGUCAGCUUUCGCCGUCGCUCACUGACAAAAGCUUGCGGGCACUACACUGCACCAAAGAAAAGCCAUGGACGACUCAGGAAUGUUCCUUGCUGUUGGAGAUCUCGUAUCAAAUCCAGGCCGGUUUUUCUGUCAGCACAUAUGGGUUCCUUAGUCAUGAAUUAACCCCAUACCUGCCUUUAUUUCCAAACGGAACUGGUCCAGGGAGCGCCUUUUUUUUCAUGGCUAAGCAACUUGCCCUUGUUUCCAUGCUCUCCUCCCACAACAUGAUGAGCAUGCUUCUCAUCUCACCUCCUGAUAGAUUGACUGCUUUCCACAGUUUCAAACUUUCAUUGACAGGAAGAUUGCAUGAACUUCAAUGAUUGUGACACAUUUUAUUACUUCGUCUCACCUGGAUCAAUUUUAAAAACUGCACGAGGAAAGCAUGGGCAGGUGUUCCUGCAAAAUGACCCACUGAUUCACUGGGCAUAUGUAUGUACUAGUGGGAAGAGCACAUUCCAGGCCGCUGUCUGAACAUGCCAAGCCAGAAACAUGAAACAUUGAGCAUCAUAUUAGUAUUUGUUAGUGCCAAGAAUAACCCAAGCUUUACCUUUGUCCACCUCAAGAAAUAUGCUUUUCUGAGAUAAAGCAGACCCCCAAUCAAUUGCCGGCAGCCGGCAACGCUGCCCCACACCACACCUUUUGCUCGAAGCAGCUCUGGUUUUUCAAUGGCGGAACACGAGACAGUGGCCCCACGCCCGAUUUUCAAAAGCCUCUCUUUUCUCCCUCUUUAUUUAUUUUGGAAGGAGGUACCACCACUAGGCUCGAUCAGGCUCCUUUUAACUCCAUCACUCCAUUCCCUGGCUCUCGUUGUUUUUGUUCUUGCUCUUGCUCAUCUCUAGCUUGCUUUCCCCAUUAAGCCUCUCUACACUCUUGCUCUUGCUCAUCUUUGCCUUGUUGGACUUGGUAGUGCUGGUGCUGCAGAAAUGGGCACUCCUUACCACCUCCAAUCCCCAGGAACCAUCAUAAACAAGCUAAUGAACAGGAAGCAGCUGCCACUGGCCCUGCCACAGCCGCCGCCAGUUGAUCCGUCCAAGGUAAUCGAGCAGCCACCGGCGCUGCCACGGUCGCCGCUGGUGGAUCAGUCCAACGAGCAGCCUCCAGUGCUGCCACAGUCGCAGCCAGUGGAUCCGCCCAAGAUAACCGAGCAGCCACGGGCGCUGCGGCAGCCAUCUCGAGCACCUUCGAAGAUAAUCCUGCAACCGCGCCACCGGACCUCGCCGGCGAUGUGGUGUGCGGCCAUCGUCUGCUUCGCCUUCAGCAUCCUCCUCAUCGUUGCAGGCGUCGUCAUCCUGAUCAUCUUCCUGGCGGUGAAGCCGAGGCCACCAUCCUUUGACACUGCCAACGCCAUCCUCAACAGCAUCUACGUGGACUCACCGGCCCCCUACUUCAACAACGACAUGACGCUCGUGGCCAACAUCUCCAACCCCAACCAGAAGAUCGACUUGGUGUUCAGGUCCGCCACCAUCGAGCUCUUCUUCCAGGACAGGCCCAUGGCCGUGCAGGCGCUGCCUCCGUUCCUGCAGCGGCGAGGCCAGUUCCAGGUCCUGAAUAUGCACCUGGUGUCCAGCCGAGUUCUGCUGCCGCCUGAGAUGGCUGUAAAGAUGGUGAACCAGGUGAGGAGCAACAGGGUGGUGUACACAAUCAAAGGCGCCUUCAAAGUGGAGGCCAGGUUCGGGUUUGGCCACUACUCAUACUGGAUGUACACAAUCUGUGAGCUGGAGCUCACUGCCCCUCCUUGUGGAGUUCUUGUUGCCCGGAGAUGCAGAACAAAAUGACUGGCUUUAGAAAAUUUCCCUUGUUUUCUUUUGUUAUUAUAUCAAAUCUUAGUUUCUUAUACUGAUGAUGAAAAAUGGCCUGGGAACAGCAAAACAUACCUAUUGAUUCAUGUGAAUUUGAAGUUGAUUCUUCGUGUUUGUAGAUCUCUUGGUUGCUCAGUUGUGGCUAGCUGCAACACAGUAGGUCAGUAGCUUAGAUUGUAAGCAACAUGAACAUAGAGUUCAACAAAGUGUCUAGCAUGGAACUCGUUGCUUGAGUGUAAGCAAUACAGUGGAUUUUUAUCGAAUUUGUAUUGUAGACUGAGGUGACACACAAAGCUUGGAUAUAGGUGAUUCAGCAAUACAUCACCAUCUAUAACCAUAA